UGAGCCAUAGAGUCAAAGUCUUCCGGGGAAGCCACCAUGGUGCUUCUCCUUCAAUCUGCUUGCCUUCUCCCGGCUGUUAUGGUCAUUUGUUUUUCCUUUACCGGGGACGCCGUGCGUUACGAUCCAAACUGGUCAAGUCUGGACGCCAGACCUCUGCCCACGUGGUACGACGAGGCGAAAAUCGGUAUCUUUGUACACUGGGGGGUCUUUUCUGUGCCAAGCUUUGGGGAGUUCAGCGAGUGGUUCUGGUACCAUUGGAAAUCCGAAAUUCGCACAGACGUCAUUCAGUUUAUGCUGGAAAACUACCCACCCAGCUUUGAGUACGCGGACUUUGCGAGCGACUUUCGUGCGGAGUUCUUUGAUCCGGAUGCAUGGGCAGAUAUUUUCAAGUCCUCUGGAGCCAGGUAUGUGGUGUUCACAUCCAAACACCAUGAAGGAUUCUGCAACUGGCCAUCUAAAGUCUCCUGGAACUGGAACUCAAUGGACGUUGGGCCUCAUAGGGACUUGGUAGGAGAACUGGCUGCAGCUGUCAAGAAAAGGUCAAUACACUGGGGUCUCUACCACUCUCUUUAUGAAUGGUACAAUCCUCUCUACUUGCUGGAUAAGGCCAAUGGAUUUAAGACUCAAGAUUUUGUUGCCAUGAAGACUCUUCCAGAGCUAAUGGACCUUGUGUUGACUUACAAACCUGAAUUAAUCUGGUCUGAUGGAGACUGGGAGGCAGAUGAUACUUACUGGAAUGCCACCCAAUUUUUGGCCUGGCUGUAUAAUGACAGUCCAGUCAAGGACCAAGUGGUAACCAAUGACAGGUGGGGUAAGAACUGCGAGUGCAAACAUGGAGGCUACUUCAACUGUAACGACAGAUACACGCCAACCACCCCUCCAGACCACAAGUGGGAAAAAUGCCAAACCAUUGACACCAAAUCCUGGGGCUACAGGAGAAAAAUGAGGCUCAUUGAAGUCAUGGACCUUCCAUCCAUCGUAAAGGACAUGGUUAAUGUGGUGUCAAUGGGCGGCAACUACCUGCUAAACAUCGGGCCAACAUCCACUGGUAUGAUUGCACCAGUAUUUGAGGAGCGGCUGAAGGGACUCGGUGAUUGGUUGGACAUAAACGGAGAAGCUAUCUAUGCCUCUAGUGUCUGGAAAGUUCAGACAGAGAACACAACUGUGGACUUAAGUUACACUUCCAAAAACACUACGGUUUAUGCAGUAAUAUUUGGUUGGCCGUCCAAUCAAAUAGUUCGACUGAAUACACCAAAGACAUCUGCAGCAACAAAGGUCACGCUCUUGGACUAUCCAGGUACGCCAUUAAAAUGGGCACCACUGACACAAGCUGGUGGCCUAGUUGUUUUAAUGCCCACUAUGCCAGCUUCUCCUGCGAAUGCCUGGACACUGAAGCUAGAGGGUGUAGUCUAGCGGGGCAACAAAUGAGUGUAGCAUUUAUGUGCACCUUGUGGUAAUCACAUAGUUUUAAUUUGUUUCUUAAAUCAAUCAAACAGAAAAUUCUAUUAAACAAUAAACAUACUGGAUACUGAACUGUGCCACCACAUGAAGGACUUGAUGUACUUUAUAUUCAAACAUGAAAAAUUAUCAAAGCAAACAGUUCGAUCAGAAAAAAUCCUAGUUGUCUUUUUAAUAACAAUAAAAAUUAUAUGAUUUUUA